CACGAUCCGGAAGAGGACACAAACUGCACGCCUGGAGGAGAGAACGGGAAUUACAUAAUGUUCGCGAGGGCCACAUCCGGCGACAAGAGAAACAAUAAUAAAUUCAGUCCGUGUAGUCUCAAGAGUAUUAACGCUGUCCUCAACACCAAAGCCAAGAGUCUGAAGGGAUGUUUUCAA